AUGGUGUCGCAGAACCUCUACCUCUCUUACAAGAGGGACACAAAAUACUUGUUGUACUGGAUGAUCAACGUGUCUAAUCGUCUCCUCAGAUCCACCAAUGGAGAGGCUCAAUCAGCCGCCUCUGUCAACACGACAGGUCAAACCACAGUGAAUGGCCUGAUUUCCAUGUCGACACUCAUUUCUCAGCACAAGGAACCUGUACCCAAUGUCAUCUAUCGACUUUUCGAGUCCAUCAUUCAGGCGAGAUCUCUCGUUAGCACUACGUUUCAGGAGCUUAUGGGGCCUGAUUCGGACGAGGAACUCAUACGAAGCAACGAGAGUCACCGACAUUUCAUAAACACUCUUCGCAGUGCCUUCAAGAUUCUCGGUGGCGAAGAAUGGGAAAAGACGGGCGCUACGACGACCGAUGAUACGGAGGACGUUGAACAGAUCCUGUUCGCCAAUAAAUUCCAAGAACUGAGCGUCGACAAAGGAGAGUCGAGCGAUGAAGAGGAUGAUGUCGCUCAACAACAUUCACCAGGCCCUGCACGAAAGGUCUCACGAAAGCCAAAGGGCAAAGGCAAAAAGGCCAGAAAGUACAAGAAGCCAAAGAAGGGCAAGAAACAGGACACGCAAGACCCCGCGACUGACGAAAUACCUAUUGAGAGCAUUCGAAUCAUCGAGGAUAGUGGCGAGGUCGGUCUUGUCACAGACUAUCUACUCGCUGUCUACUCAACCGUCAAAGAAUGGGCCGCCCUCCGCGCUUACAAUCAAAGUCUUUGGAAGGAGGUCGCAUACGAAGGUCUUAACAGCGCUGUCGCAGGAGCUGUAAGCAACUUGACAAUCUCCAUGGUCAAGCGAACCAACGCGGCUAUCUUUGUCGACUUUCCAGGUCACGACACUUACAAAACCAUCAUGAACACCAUCACUCGAGGUAACAUGGAGAAAGCACAGGGAAAUUUCAGGCUGGCUCUUUUUGCGCUGGGCCCAGAUGGUGAACAGCACAGUCAGAAGGAGACAGCCGUCGAUAUCAAGGAGCAGUUCCUCAUCCACGCGUAUCAGGAUCUGAGGGAUUUUGUUCUUGACUUUCAGGCCAAUCGUACUGGGAAGCCGACAAAGGCCAUGCAGGCAAAGCUCGUCAAGUGGGAUCCAAACUUCAAUCUGGAGCGGGCUACGAAUGAGGAGCGAGUCCACUGGCGGCGCUCCUAUACCAUAAAAUGGCUCUAUGAUCUUGUCAACGUGUUUUCUUCUGUUGUGGUUCAGAGAAACACAGUCAGAGGAGAAAAGCAUGUCUACGAAGAUGUGGACUGGUCUGCCAACGGUCCCUGGGGCGUCCACCGAGUCCUCUUCGGCAUAGAAGAAUUCGCAGGCGACAUCACAAACAUGGCCAUGAAGAAGCCCGGCACCGACAUCACCAAGAUGAUUUAUCCGCACCACGUUUUCCAGAUGCAGUGCAUCGUCGAUUCAUUCACUGUCUCCCGCGGUUGGACUUUAAGUGCUCUGCACGGUCAUAUGCUUGAAGCGCCAGCAAACAAAGGCCAUGCCAGACGAGACGUGGACCUCUUUCUCGAUCGACAGAACAAGCGCGUGUUUGCUGGGUACUGUCAGACAGUCGAUCUACUCAAACAGAUUCUGGAGAAGGAUGGUAAGAUGGAGCAGCAUAAAGACUUUUUUGAGAUCAUCAAGAUCGCUCAGCUUGAUUUUGUCGACUUUCUUGGGGAGCACAAGUACACGACUGGCCUCGAUACCAUACCGCCGUCACGCUUUGCAGACCAUGAUGCGAAUGGCCUGCAAGAGUAUUCGCCGUUUCUUUGUGGAGUUGGCCUUGAAGAAGGUCUUGAGAUCGCUUACAGACUUGGCAUGUUCCUUUGGGAACGUUUGCCUGAGCCAACGCUGAUGAUUCAUCUUCACAAUGCCGUGGUACAAAAGGGUUACCUCUCUCGACCCAUCGGACUGUGCGCCACACUAGAGGAUCUCUUCAAGCAUACGUUCUUCGCACAAGGCUGCAAGCCGACAUCGGACUUUGUGGAUGCUCUACUCGCCAGUGUUGGACAGCCAGGGUCCAGACAGGCUCAGGCGCAGAGGCAGGCGACUAGGUAUAGACGAAGAUAUGCCGAGAACAUUCAUCAGCUAUUCGACUUGGAGAUCAACCAUAUUUUCAAGAGGAACUCCAUACUCACCACUUGCCGCCGGGCGGGUUGGAACCUCGAGGCCAUUCCUGAUGAGGAGCUUCAAUUCGGCAGCAUGCUGUUCUUCGAGCGACUCAGUCGAGCAAAGCACGUCAGCGAAAAAGAACUCGAGGACACUAUCCUUGUUCGGAAGGCAAGAGCAGUUGGAAUGACCGACGAGGAGAUCAUUGACGCAACAAACAAACUCUCUUCCAUUGCAAACAAUAUGCCUAAUGAGGUCUUGACCAAGUACGCGCCAGAAGGCUUUCAGAUCCCUCCAAAGGCUGGAUCAGAGGUCCUUGACGGCCGUGAUAUUCUCGACCUAGCGAAAUUCGACAUUCUCUCCGACGUAGCGGGAAUCGCACCAAUUUCGAGCCUCAACUAUCUCGGCGUCACCUGUUGGCUCCUCAUCACCUUUGGUCGGAUAGAGGAACGUCUGAAAGAAGCUGGAAAUCCUGUGUACUUUGAGGCUUAUGAAGGAUCUGGGCCUUGGAAGCUAGAGAAGAGAGUUGCACUGGCGUUACUUGCGCUAAAGGGGGAUAAUGAGGAGUCUUUGCGGAUUGUUGCCGAUACUUUGAAUGAAGCUCGUUCUGGAUUCAUGGAUUUUAUCUACUGGGAGGAUUUGGAGACGGAGCCGAGAGAGAGAGAAUCUCAUCAUGUGGAUCCUAGCGUUGGAAAUGAAUGCACUGUCAUGUGA